UAAAAACGAAAUUAUUGAUUUUCGGUCAAGAUUCACCGUAUUGUGUUUACACAUUUUAGAGAGAAAAGAAAAACCGUGUAGACACUAGACAAAAAUACGGGGUUCGUUGAGUUGUACGAAAUCUCUACGUGCAAAUUGUAGCUUCCAAAUUGGGAAUAUCCAUAGAAGUUAUUACUAUCCGAGGAAACAACACAUACAAACACGACACGGAGAAGAAUGAAGAGUUUUCGAUGGAGUUUGAUCGUCACUCUAACGUUCUUAUCCCUUUCACCAUUUUUGUUUGGGAAGGGUAAUGGACCAGUACACAUCGAAGCCUCUAAUUCAGUUUCCGCUUUCGUUCAAAACGCAAUCUACUCCAACAGAAUCACCAUCUUCUCCAAAUCAUAUUGCCCGUAUUGUUUGCGCUCUAAACGUAUCUUUGCUGAACUAAAUGAGAAGCCUUUUGUGGUUGAGCUGGAUUUGCGAGAUGAUGGGUAUGAAAUUCAGGGUGUUCUUUUGGAUAUGAUUGGUAGAAGGACUGUUCCACAAGUAUUUGUCUAUGGGAAGCAUAUUGGUGGAUCAGAUGAUCUCAGUGCUGCAGUCCAGAGUGGUGAAUUGCAGAAACUUCUCAAAGCAAGUUGAUUCUAUACCGGAGUGGAGCACUAGCAUCUAUAGUUUAUCUGUAUACGAAGAACUCGCAUUUUCAUGGAUAAUGAAGGUUUCAAGCUUCUAGUGGAAGAAUACUUUUUCAUGUUUUUUUUUUGGUAUUUACUAGGUGAUAAACAUGUAGUUACAGCUUGAUGUGGCUCUGCAUAAAUCUACAAGAUUUAAUGUUAGUAUUAUUUUGCUCUAUAGGAUAGUAUGACCAUGAAUACACGUGAUUAUUAAUUAUAAAAUUGCGAAUUUCAAUGUUCUAA